UAUUACUGGCCAACGACAUGAAAUAAACGGAGAUUUACAUUUCCAUGUACUCGCUGCUAUCGUAAGAAGCCUAAAAAUAGUCUGAUAAUUUAAAAAAAAGGAAAAAUCCGCCAUCACGUUUCCAUUACGUAAAUUCGUAUUCUCUAUAUUGAAACGCUGAGCAGGAAUCAUACUCGCAGGCAUUAGGUGAGUUUAGAAAGUGCCAAUCCUCUUGCCGGCCAAAAAACCCAUCACCUCGCGCUGACACGUUCGUCACCCGUGAAUGCAGAAUUUUUAAAAGGGACAAAGGUUCAAGGAUGAUCGAUCUUCGAUUAAAAAAGGGUUAACAACGAGUACCGAGGGAGUCAAGUUCGUAGUGUAUAAGGAAAAGAGCUGCAGCAAGAUCGGCGACAGCGGAGAAAGAGGGAAAGAGAGAAAGAGAUUCGCCAGACAGUCUCAUCAGCAUAGGUGAUGGGUCGAGAUACGAGUGGGGCCAGGGCUGGUAUAAAAGGGGAACCGUAGCAUCUGUGGAGCAUCAGUCCUCAAAUCCAAGGAACAGCAGCAACCAUGAGGGCAUUCAUGAUCGUGAUGCUCGCCGCUUCGGCGAUGGCGCGGCCAGAAGCAGGUUAUUCUUACUCUCAGCCUAGCUCCAGUUACGGAGCACCGGGAGGUGGAACCACCGGAAUAGGUGGUGGACUCGGUGGCGGACAUGGAGGAGGACUUGGCGGAGGACUCGGCGGAGGACUUGGCGGAGGACUCGGCGGUGGACUCGGCGGUGGACUCGGCGGUGGACUCGGCGGUGGACUCGGCGGUGGAUUCGGUGGAGGCUUCGGUGGUGGCAUCGGAGGCGGUGGCGGCGGUGGAUUCGGUGGUGGCUUCGGUGGUGGAAUCGGUGGAGGAGCCGGCGGAGGUGGCGGCGGUGGAUUCGGAGGCGGUUCUCUCAUCCAGAAACACAUCUACGUACACGUACCACCACCAGAAGCCCCAGAAGACAGACCUGCCAGACCCAUUUUACCACCAGCUCCACCCCAGAAACACUACAAGAUCAUCUUCAUCAAGGCACCCACUCCACCAACUCCCACUGCUCCUGUCAUUCCUGCUCUUCCUCAACAAGAUGAACAGAAGACGUUGAUCUACGUGCUGGUGAAGAAACCGGAAGAAGCUCCAGAAAUCACUCUGCCUACUAUUGCUCCGACCCAACCGAGCAAACCAGAAGUUUACUUCAUCAAAUACAAGACCCAGAAGGAAGUUACCUCUGGUGGUGGCGGCGGUGGCGGUGGCGGAAUCGGCGGAGGAAUCGGCGGAGGAAUCGGCGGAGGAAUCGGCGGAGGAAUCGGCGGAGGAAUUGGCGGAGGAAUCGGCGGAGGAAUCGGCGGAGGAAUCGGCGGAGGAAUCGGCGGCGGCAUCGGCGGAGGCGUCGGUGGAGGGCUUGACGGUCAUGGCGGUAGCGGACCAAGCGGACCCAGUACGUCUUACGGGACUCCCGGCGCUUCAGGGCCUUACUAGUCACUCAAAAUGCCCGUUGAACCCCCGCAGCUCCUCCUCCACCCGUAAUCGAACCUAUCUUUACGUUCCGCGACACGCACGCAUUCACGGCUUCGGCCACGGCUUCAGCCACGGCUCAACUGCGAUCCUAUUGGACGCAACACACUGUGAUCCCACGUGGACGACCGCGGCGACGAGCAGGAACAGGACAAUCGAAUGGACAGUCGAUAGUAACAUGAGGCUCCUGCUCGCGAUUCGGAGUUACACGAUUAGUAAGAAUAAUACGACCACGAUCAUGAUGAUGACCGUGAUGACCAGGAUGAUGACGACGAUCAUAACGAUGAUGAUACUGGUGAUGAUAAUGACGACGAUCAUGAUGAUGAUGAUGAUGAUGAUGAUGAUGAUGAUGAUGACGAUGGUGGCUCUAACGGAAGUUAGAAACACGGUAAUCAAGACGACGACGACGACGACAAUUAGGAUUAAAUGUUUUUUUAUACGUUACUUUUUGCAAGAAAACGGUGGCGAAAUAAAGCUUUUUUUAUGUAUUUUUACAUAAAA